AUGGCUUCGCCGCCUAACCAGCCGGAACGAGAGACCGGAACCAGCUGCAAGAUACUGCAGGAAUUGCUUUUGGCGGAAGAACUCGGGGACCGGCGCCCAAGCCAACUACUGCAACGCAUGCAGAAUCUCCUGGGCGACCGCGCGCAGACGUUCGAUCCCCAGCUAAUGAAACAGCUGUUCUUGCAACGUGUCCCUGCAAACGUACAAAUGAUCCUGGCAACAGCUUCGGCCCUGCCGCUUCAGGAGCUCGCAGUGCGUGCCGACCGCAUCAUGGAGGUCGCUGCUCCAUCGCUGUGCGCCUUCUCGCCGCCGACCCUGCCUACGAUACUCCCAAUCAGCCGUCCUCACGAGUCUACCUCUAAUUCUGAUACCCUGUCUCGGUUGCAAGCAGACGUCGCUGACGUCACCGAAAUGGUAGCUGCUCUACGUACUUCUCGGCAGUUUCGCCCCCGGUUCCGGCGUCCUCGCCGUCAGUCCCGAUCUCCUUCCUAUGCACGGGGUCGCAACCGGUCACCAUCCACCGGCCCUGCGCCUGAUGACUCCGGACCUUGUUGGUACCAUUACCGCUUCGGAGCGCGCGCCCGCCGAUGCGAAAGCCGCUGUUCCUGGACGGGAAAUAUUCCCGGAGACCGCUAG